CAAAACAUAAAAUUGGAAAAACAGUACUUGUUGCAUUUUGUGUAUUUGUAUGCUCAAAAUGUUCUUAAACAACUUAACUUAGGAAUAAGUCCUGACACCAGAAGUUUAGAUAAAGGAUUAAAGUUUUAGGCAGCAAUAUUUUUCAAUCAGAGCUAUAAAUUCACAUUAUAAAUAACUAAAGAAUAAUGUAGUAUUUUAGAGAUAUUGUUCUUUAGUUAAUUAAAUAAAAGAAAAAUCUUCAUAUUUUCCUGUAUUUGUAUAUGCGGGAAUGCUGGUAUUAGACUAGUUUACUGUGUCCAUGCCGAAACUGUAAGACAAUUCCGCAGCAUUGACUCCAUUCUAUAGUAAAUAAGAUGGUAAAUGUUAGCAAACUGUCUAUAUUAAUAAAUGUAGACCCCUCCCUCCUUUACUCUACUUUCUCUCUCUCUUGCUGCUGGCGAGUCGGAGGAGAUGCUCACCACUCACUGCCACCCAGAGCCUGACUGAUUCUGCAGGAAGGACACACUGUCUCUGGUUCUUUCAAAAGGUGAAGGAGCUGAAGAAACCAGAGUAAAAGAUAGGACAACACGAGACAUUGCGAGAGCUUGGAAGAGAGAGACGAGGCAGCCAUAAUGGGCACACCCAUGAGGAGGAAAGCCCCGGCUUCUGAGAUGGCUGAGGCUGAACUUCAUAAGGAGAGGCUCCAGGCCCUGGCGGAGAAACGAAAAAGGCAAACAGAGAUUGAGGAUAAAAGAAGACAGUUAGAUGAUCUUGUUCUGCAACUUCAACAUCUUAAGUCUAAAGCAAUGAGGGAAAGGUGGCUUCUACAAGGUACUCCAUCAGGGCCGGAUGAGGAAGAUGAGGGACGCAGAAAACAAGUUGAGCAAGAUGAGCUACAUGCCAAGAAACUAGAAGACUCCAUUCAGAGACUGGAAUCUGAAAUUAGUCAGCUUGAGAAUGAAGAAUCACAAAUAUCAGCCAAAGAGCAAGUGCUCAGAGAGAGACUUCGUGAAACAGAGAGUUCUAUUGAAGACCUACAAAAAAGUCUGCAGAACCAAGAUGGAGAUGCAGUGAAUAACACCUGUUCCCAGAUCCCCAAGCUCUCGGGGUUGUACAGCCAAACUCUGUCGUCUGCUUCGGGGGAUCGCUCACACGCAAGAAAAGCCGCAUUAUACGCCAUGGAGAUCAGUGUGGAAAAGGACCACAAGACGGGCGACACCAAGAUCUUGUCCACUUCGCGUAUCAGCCCUGAGGAUGCCUACCAACGGGGCGUCAAGGUCUACGACGAUGGCCGUAAGGUGAUCUAUGAGGUGCAUUCUGGGAGUUCUACCACGGUGGAGAAUGGUGUGCAACCAUGGAGCUCAGAUGAGGUGGAGGAACUGAUUCAACGAGUGGGUCAAGCGCGCCAUAGACCCGACAGCACCCGUGUCACAAUCGCACCUGGAGAACAUGGGACCAGAGAGCAGAGCAUUAUGCCUUCAGCGCUGGAGACAGUACAAGAUCAGCAAAGUCAGGAGGGUGAAUUAAAGAUAGAACAACGGCUCCAAGGCCACAGGGAAGAUUCACAAGCACGCCAAAGCUUUGAGGGUGAGGUGAUCGGGGCCCCUGAAGCCACAGCUGAAAAACCCAUCACUAUGAUUUUCAUGGGUUACAACAGUGUGGAUGAUGACGAGGAGACAAAGAAGCUGCUGGGCUUUGAUGGCACCAUCAAAGCUGAGAUCGUCCUGAUUGACGAGGAUGAUGAGAAAUCAUUGCGUGAGAAGACUGUCACGGACGUCUCCACCGUGGACGGCAACGCCGCCGACCUCGUCUCAGGGCGGCCGGUGUCUGAAGCAACCGAACUCUCUUCCGAGGGCCAAGAUGAAAGUUCCUCCAAGGAGCCGCCGCCCACAGGUAGUGAAAAAGCUCGCUGUGUAUUGCUGACAGCAAAAAAUGGCCUUUUCCCAGGAGCUUCUCCAAGAUCAUCAUACGCCUCACUGACAUCCUGCAGCCUAACAGAGCAUGACUCUGAACUAAAGACCAGAAGGACCUCUGAGAAGAGCUUAAAGAGUGUCAGUUUCUUCGACCCAGUCAGUGUUAUAAGUGAAGGUGAAAUUGACAUGGAGGUUGAGGUACAAAGCAAAAGCCAACUUAACCAUGCAACAAAUGGCGAGAAUGGCGUGAAACACAAAGAAGAAGUGCUUGACGAGGGAGAAGUUGCCCAAGAAAUACGCUAUCUUGAUGAGGUAAUUGAGGCCAACUGUUGUGACACCGGAGCUGAGAUGACUUCAAAUGGAACUUGUUCCCCAGUGCUCCAAGCAAUUUAUGUUGAUGGAAAUGGGCCAUCUGUUCAUGUUCCUGACACAUCAUCGUCAGUAAGCCAUGAGGUUUUCGUAGAGGGAAAACAACAGACUAUCUAUGUUGAAGACAAUCUGAACAGUUCUAAACCAAAUGGUCAUGCAGGAAUAAUAACCGAUGACUACAAUAGGUCACCUAAUAAUGAAAGGAUAAAGAACGAGGCCCGAUUUGAGCUUCGUCCUUUCUAUGAAGAGAAGAAGCCAGCCAAGCUUUUUGACCCGCCGACAGAGAAAGAAAUAAGGGUGAAAAAGGUCAGGCCUUCCGAAGAGAUUGCAGAGCUGGAGAGAGAGCGCUUGGAGCUCAUUCGUGAUCAAGCAGUCAAGAAAAAUACUGGAAUUGCAGCAAAGUGGUGGAACCCACCACAGGAAAAGACCUUGGAGGAGGAGCUGGAACCAGAUAAAUUAGAGUCACUACGCAAAUAUGAAGAAAGGAAGCAAAGGAAACCUGAAACAAACCGAGUACCACAACAAUCCCCUAAACAAACUGUCUCCUUUGCCCAACCUGAAAUGGGAAAUAAGGAGGACAUUGUGGUUCAGGGCAUUGAUUUUGCUGCAGCCCGCAAACAGUUCCUUCAGAUGGAGCACACUAAGCAACCGCCAGCAACAAAAAGAAGUGUGUCUCCCCAGAUAUACUCUGCCAAACCGUUUUUCAGGACCUCCGAUAUUGGUAGCUCUAUUACAGUCACCAGCCAUGGUAGAGUCACCGUGGAUGAUGGGAGUGAUAUAAGCCAUGUGAAAAUUGAAAGGGUGUUUUGUAGUUCUGAAGAUUCUCCCAUACAAAGCAGGGACAGUAUGUCUAACACUGAAGUGAAAAACGAUGACUUUACCUGUGCCCGAGCAGUAAUGACCAUCCUUAAGGAUGAAGACACUGAAAUGCACCAGAGAUCCAUUAAUAGUUCAUUUCACCCAGAGGAGAUAGAUUCUGGAUUGGAUGACCUAUCACUUAGAUCUCAGGAUACCACUAUGUUUGAGACCUUAUCCAAUGAUCUUAGCAUGGAUAACAUAAGUGACAGUGGUGCCUCCAAUGAGAUCAUGAGCGCCUUCUUGGAGAACUCCCUUGGUGACUGCUCUUUCCCUUCUACUCCAGUGGCCACAACACCUAUCAAUGGGAAGCUGGAGGGCAGCACCAAAUCACCAAGUUGCUCCUACCAGACAGACAGUUUAACAGAGGAGGAGCUUGAAUACCAUGCAGGUAUCUUGGUCCAAAAUGCCAUUCAGCAAGCUAUUGCACAUCAGACAAACAAAUGGGAACCACUUCAGGCUGUGCAGCAAUCCUCCCCAAUCUCAGGGAGAUUAGAAGAGACUUCAGAACCUUUACCAGCAGCACCUGAAGAGAAAUGUCCUUAUAUGCCACUUGAUACUGAGCUAUCCCCUGUGGAAGAGAAGAAAACUACAACUCCUUCAAUUACUGUACAGGUGCCUACGGCCCAAGCAACUUCACUUAUAACAGUGAACGCUUACAGGCCCCCAAGUCCGUCUCCCCCACCAAGUGAGAAGCCUGAGUUUAGCUAUUUUAGUAAAUACUCGGAAGCAGCGGAGCUCCGAAGCACAGCAUCUGUGACUUCUGCACAAGGCGCAGAAGUCACCUCAGGGCCUUUCAAAUUGCGCUCACGUAAGCAGAGGACUCUGUCCAUGAUUGAGGAAGAGAUCCGGGCUGCCCAGGAACGGGAGGAAGAGCUUCGCAAGCAAAGACAAACCCAAAGCCUGCGUCCCAGCAUCAACCCCAUUCACAAGCAAAAGACCAACAGCCUUCCAGCCAAACUGGUCCUUGGUGGGAAGACAGCCCCUGGUAAAAUUGAAAAGAUCCGUGUUGCCCCGCCAGUAUCUCCAGCUUCUUCAGAUGGUGCACUCCCAUCCCCUCUUUCUGAUCUGGGGAGUGAUGACUCAGGCGGAAGCCAGCGGACUAAAAACUUCAUGCAGACCCUAAUGGACGAUUUUGAGACACACAAAGUCAGGCGUCGGGAGAAGGCUGAGGACAACAGUGUUCUAGAGGCUACGCGAGUUACCCGCAGGAAAAGUAACAUGGCUCUGCGAUGGGAGGCGGGAAUCUACGCCAACCAGGAAGAAGCUGGAGAGGAAGAGGAGGAAGAGGAGGAAGAGUAAAGCCAGCUUUUUAUUUUCUAAACAACAGGAAGAAUGAGAGAAAACCAAAAGUAUGUUGGAGAAAGCCACAAGUAUUUAUGCUGAGUAUAUGUAUAUCGCAGGAACAAAUAAUCAUCAGAUCUCCAAAUGAUCAUCGCAGAAGCCCAUCCAGUCAUGUAGUGGGACCUAUGGAAACGUUCUCACUAAAAACUUACAUAUACAAUUGAUAUCCAACUACAGUAUACUAUUGUGCUUUCGCUCUCUCUUUAAUUUCAAGCUUUUUUUUUUUUCCUUUUUUUGAUGUGCAGUAGUUUGGGACAAGUGCAAAGGAAAUGCCUAUUUUGAGUUUUUGAUUUUCCAUUUUUAUGAUUGGAUAUAUAAAAUGGCUUUGAACUGACCUUGACAUGUGAUCGUUAUAUGGGUUUAAAAAAAUUGUUUAAGAAAGAUUCGAUUAGACCUGAAGGUUUUUUCAAAGGGUGAUGGAAAGUAUUUAUACAUGCUAAAAAGGACCUUUUUGUAUUCAAAUGGGAACACUUGAUUUAGAUAAAAAACAAACUGGUGUUUGUUAUGGAAAAUGAUUAUGAACAUUGUUCCUGUUUUAAGUACGUAUUUAAGUAGGCUAAAAUGGGAUAUGCCAGUUCCAGUCCAUGUUAAGCCUCUGGGGAUUUGAUUGGGGAAUCGACAGUCACAAGUGCAGUUUGUAUUAUUUAUAUUACAGGAGAGUAGCACAACACAUAUAUGUUACAGCACAAUAAGUCAAAUUAGGUAUAGAAAUUAUUAGCACCUCUACAUAAUUAAGAAUAUUGGAUUUAAAACUGACUGAAAAUGAAACACUGCAGCAGGAUUUUUUUUUGGGAGACAGAAAAUGAAAGUAGGGCACGCAAUGGUUCGAGAGAGGAACAAGAGUAGUAUUGUCCAGGUUUGUAAAUGCACAAUAGUGUUCAGUCAGCUAACUAUUACAUUAAACAUAGCAAAACGAUAAAUACAGACAUUUAUUUCUCAAAGCUGCUUUUUAGCAGCCAGUCCAAACAGUAAACAGAUGAGAAUGAGAAAACAGAAUGAGAAGCGAUAUACACACUGCAAUCCGAACCACAAACGUGCAUGUGAACUGCAUGCACUGUCCUAUAUUUUCCCCUUUUUUCAGUUUCCCUUUGAGUUGUUUGGCUGGACACAGUAAUCUUUUACUAAGUAUGUUAUCACGUGUGAUAAAAUGUAUGUAAGAUGUAUUGAAUUAUGCAAGUACAGCCAGGGUUGCCAGAUUGAGAUGAAUAUAACCAACACCAAGACACUCAACAACCAUCUGCUGGAGAUUUUUCCUAUAACCCCGAAUCAGGCAAUACUGAUUAAGUACAGCGAGUGCUCUACACCAUAUACAGUACAAGAGUGAUGUAGGGAUGUAUUUUUUGGGGUUCAUGUAAAUGAACAGGACAAUAGCAAUACAGGUGUUUAGAGGCACUAGCCAUGAAAAUUAAAUUCCUUUCACAAAAACACUUUAAUUAAUCCCUCUCUCUGGAGUUUUAUAUAUAAAGUAAACACUUUAUUAGUAAGCUAUAUGAACCAUCUCUCUUUUAUACUGUGUAUUUGCCUUGUUUCAGCAGGUUUUAUUAGAACGUGUAAAUGCGAUGCAGUGAAAUAAUGUUAUACGAGUGCUCUGUAGAUAAUUGUAGACAUUCGAAAGUGGGGAGUGAUGUUUCACCAGCAACUCGACAAUGGACCAUGGUGUAGUCCGAUGGUGGACACGGACACACCGUCAAUAAGGGAGAAUGCAUUGCGGAAAACGAAACAAAGGUUCAUGAGAUAUUCUUCUUGACUCUUGUUCCACCCAAAGAAGGUCUGGAUGGAGAAAUAUGGAUUUUAUGCCUGAAAGAACAACUGUUACAAGAACACUCAUUCAUCAUUCAUUU